AUGGCUCGCCAUCGAAAUAUAAGAAAUAGAAGUUAUUCAGACGAUUAUGAUUACGAAGACGUUUACGGCCACUCGGUUGAAGACGAUGUUUGUUUAUCUCCAAGUGAUGCUGCUCAGUUCAUAUAUGAUCGUUCCAGAAAUCAACAUGCUAUAUCACAAUUUCUGGAGUCGGAUGACAUUCAGGAAGAGCCUGAAGUUGAUGACAAUAACUCUCGGCCGUCCUUCGAGCGUCGCGAAUCCAUGGAUUUACGUGGACUAAAUUUGAGUGAAGAGGACGAAACUAAGCUAAUGUCGUGCUUAGAUGAACUACGAAACGUUUUGGGAGAUACGGUAUUAGAUUCUAUUCUAAUACAAGCAGUAAUUAAACAUAAAUUUGAUUACAAUAAAGCCCUAGAUGAAAUUUUAAAUAAUAAUAAACAGGACAACAUCAAAGUUACGGCAGAAAAGACCAAAAUACUCAUUGAGUCUGCCCCUAUUAUACCAGUUCUUGAUAGAGCACCAAUAGUUUCAACUUCUACAGUGGAUAAAACAAUAUUGAUUGCUUCUAAACCAGAAGAGACUAACACAGCAGUUGUAAAAGGUUUUAAAGUAAAUAAUGAUACCACAUAUAGCAGACCACAGACACCCAGAGAUCAAUCACCAGCUGUGACUUCUAGAGGUGACAAUUUAGAUGAAUCAAAAUCAACUCCAAAAGUAAAGGAGAACAAAAUUGAUCCAACUAUUAAAUACUCCAAUGAACGAGGAUCUGAUAAGGAGCAUUUAUAUAUUGUUGUAAUUGGUCAUGUUGACGCUGGAAAAUCUACCCUAAUGGGGCACUUACUUUGCGAGCUUGGGGUGGUAAGCCAGAGAACCUUGCACAAAUAUGAACAAGAAAGCAAAAAAAUUGGAAAGCAAAGCUUUAUGUAUGCCUGGGUGUUAGACGAGACUGGAGAGGAGAGAGUUAGGGGAAUCACAAUGGAUGUUGGUAAAGCUCAAUUUGAAACGAAAACAAAGAAAGUCAUUAUUUUAGAUGCACCAGGGCAUGCAGAUUUUAUUCCUAAUAUGAUUACUGGGGCCGGACAAGCAGAUGUCGCAUUGUUAGUUGUUGAUGCCACUCGAGGAGAAUUUGAGUCAGGUUUUGAACUCGGAGGACAAACUCGUGAACAUGCAUUGCUUGUUAGAUCAUUAGGAGUAAGCCAAUUAGCUGUGGCUGUAAACAAACUCGAUACUACCAAUUGGUCUCAGGAAAGAUUCAAUGUAAUUGUUAAAAAGUUGAAGUUGUUUUUAAAACAAGCUGGUUUCAAAGACUCGGAUGUGACAUUUGUCCCAUGCUCAGGGCUAACUGGAGACAAUCUGGUGAAGCCUUCAAAUGAAGCAGAGUUGCUUAACUGGUAUACUGGACCUACUUUACUAGAUGUAAUAGACAAGUUUAACGUUCCAGAGAGGCCUGUGUCAAAGCCUAUGCGAAUGUCCAUUAAUGAUGUAUAUAAAGGAACCGGUUCUGGGUUUUGCGUAGCAGGUCGUAUUGAAAAUGGGAUUGUGAAUAAAGGAGAUAAAGUUUUAGUUUGUCCUUCAAAAGAAAUGGCUGAAGUCAGAAAUAUAGCUAUAAAUGAACUAUCAACUAACAUUGCUUUUGCCGGUGACCAAGUUGCAAUAACACUAUCAGGAGUAGAGAUGCAAAAUGUUUCUAUAGGUUACAUACUGAGUGAUUCUGUCAAUCAGGUACCUGUGACUUCACGAUUUGAAGCAAGGCUUGUUGUAUUCAAUGUUAAGGUGCCGAUAACUAAGGGAUAUCCUGUAUUGCUACACCACCAGUCACUAAUAGAAUCGGCACAUAUCAGAAAAUUGAAGGCACUAUUAAAUAAAAGCACAGGAGAAAUGAUAAAGAAAAAGCCUAGAUGUUUAGGAAACAAUUCAGUAGCGGUAGUGGAUAUAGAAGUUUGUCGGCCUAUUUGUAUCGAGAGGUAUAAGGAUGUUAAAGAGUUGGGUCGUGUCAUGUUACGCGUGUCGGGAGUCACUAUAGCAGCAGGACUUGUCACAGAGAUUUAUACUGAUUGA